AUGCACGUGGAUACCCGGGUGAGUGGACGUCCGUUGCAACUCACGACGAGUCUGCGGAAGAACUCGUCGCAGGUCCAGCUCGUAUCUACCAUCGGAAGAAUCUCAGAGUCGCUCAACUCGAGCGUCCGUGACACGCUGCAAGCGGCCACCGCAUCCGGGGACACUUACCAUCCGCCGAACGUGGUCUGGACGACGAUCAAAGGCGUGGUGAUCAUCAGCAUCAUCGUGACGGCGUUGGUAGGCAACGCUCUGGUGAUCGCCAGCGUCAGGCGGCACCGGAAGCUCCGGGUGCCCACCAAUCGCUACGUGGUCAGCCUAGCCGCGGCAGACUUUCUCGUCGCGGUCUGCGCCAUGUCUUUCAACGCGUCCGUCGAAUUGACCGGUCAAUGGAUGUUCGGCAGGGUGAUGUGCGACGUGUGGUGUUCGUUGGACGUUUACUUCUCGACAGCCUCGAUCCUCCAUCUGUGCUGCAUCAGCGUGGACAGGUACUACGCGAUUGUCAGGCCCUUGGAGUACCCGGCGAUCAUGAGAAGACUCACUGUCACCUGCAUGCUUGGCAGCGCCUGGCUGCUGCCUGCUCUCAUCAGUUUCAUCCCUAUCUUCAUGGGAUGGUACACCACUGACGAGCACUUGGAGAAGUUGAGCAAGCAUCCCGAGGUGUGCAUGUUCGAGGUGAACCGAGCCUACGCCGUGAUUAGUUCCUCGGUCUCCUUCUGGAUUCCUGGUCUCGUGAUGAUCGUGAUGUACUGCAAGAUCUACAAGGAGGCUGUGCGUCAAAGGGAGGCGCUCAGCCGCGCCUCCAGCAAUACCGUCCUAAAUAGUGUUCACUUGCACCGGGCGUCCACCUCGAGGCAUCAUUCCAGGGCAUCCCAUCAGCUGUUGCUACACCCGAGUGACGCCAGCGAUUUCGGCAGACCUGUGUCGUAUAGAACGGCCGCGGAGCUGAACGUGGAGAACGGUAGAUUAGGAUCAUAUAUCAGCUUGGGUCUAGGACAUGUUUGGGGAUCCUAA